CUUCUUCUUUGGCAAUAUCAGUUCUUUUCUCCUAAACCCCUGCAAACAAAACCCAGCGGGAAAAAAAAUCAAGUAAAAGCAAAGAGAUACUUAAAUGGCGUCUGCAGUCUCUAUUAUCUCACCUAUGCUUCUCGGAAUCCCAAAAUUCGGGGACAAGGAAUUUCGACUAAGUAAAGUACCACUAGUACCUAGAAUUAUGUCAAGGCAAACAACUUUUAAAACAGCAACAUACCUACAUGCAUCCUACUGCUCGAAUGGCAAUAUGUCUUCUGUGGGGUGCUGUCAUGGAUAUUCAGCUCUUAUAGACCAUUUUGGUGAACUUGUGUCUUGUUGUAUGAAUGUAACUUUGUGGAAUCACGAAGUAAUUAUUGGUUUUUGGAUAGGACCUGAUAUUGACGAUGGUUGGGGUUUUGUUGAAGCUUUUAUUAAUCAAAUUGCUUGAUAUUUUGUGAA